GUAUGUAAGUAUAAAUGCAUAUAUCUAGACCCUAAUCCUAAAAAGACUAAAUUUCACGUUAAGACAUGACAUCUGAGUAUCGUCCAAGAAUUAUUGUGAAUGGAACAAGAAGAACAAGAACGUUCCACUACUUCUAUUGCCGUCAUUGCAGCCGCACCAUUAGGCUUCGAAACUAUGGUCUAUAUGGUCCUUUAUGUCCUUUCUGUUCUAGAGAGAUCAAUCUCCACGAUGAGCUUGACAUUAUGAGGCUAAACCAACCUUAUUGGGAUACCGAUACCGACUGGAUCACUCUCCAUCUUAUCAAUUCAACGAGAAGCAACCGGUUCAAUCAUGAACUAGUUAACACCGAUGACGAAUUCGCUGAUGUCUUGCCUAACGAACGUGCCGGUCCACCACCGGCAUCUCCAUUCGCCAUUGAGGCUGUAAAUACGGUGACGAUCUCGGAAGAGAAUUUGGCAAAAGAGAAGGUUUGUGCGAUAUGCAAGGAGGAGUUUGAGGUUGGAGAAGAAGGAAAAGAGUUGAAAUGUUUGCAUUUGUACCAUCCAAGCUGCAUUGUGUCUUGGUUGAAUAUUCAUAAUACUUGUCCCAUUUGUCGCUCCGAGGUUAGCAUAGGCGUUUCCCGUAGUCCCAUUGACGAAGGACGGUCUCACAACCUCGAUAAUGUUCGAUCAAAUCGCGUUCGAACUCGGGUUUGUUCUUUGUGGCCUCUCCAAAUGAUGUUUGACUGGGUACAUAAUCUCCUCGAUGUAAGAAUAACAAACAAACAGUAAAAAAAAAAGAAAGAAUAACAAACAGUACCUGAAAAACAUCAAAGAUAUUGCAAACAAGAAUAUUGUGUGAAAAUAGUAAUUGUAUAUAGACUAAAAUUAGGUUAAUGUGAGAGAAUGGAGUAAAAAUGCACAUCAAGAAGAAAAAUUAAUAAAGAGGCAACGAGCAUUAAAGGCGAAAAUAGGCGUUUAUGGAUUCGUGAAACAAAACUGACUAUAUUUAAUGUAAAUAUCAUCAAUUUGUUAUCUUUGCUUCCUUUGGAAGUGGUACGUAA